AUGGCUUUGUUUACAUUUAUACUGAAGACAAAUAUAGAGCGCUGCAAUAAACAACAUGAUCUCGUUAGCAUUGUGUGUGAACAAGAUUUUCGUCGAGGGGAAAAAGGAGAGACUUCGUCUAUGGAAAAUUUUCGAAUAAAUUAUCCAUUGACAAGCGAUCUAAACGGUUGCAAACAUCGUGUAUCAAAUGCAUUUGUAACUAACGUUUUCAAAGCUUACUAUGACCAUUAUCCAUUAGAACCCAGCGUUGAUGAUUUUUGGGUGACUAUUAUUCAAGGGAAAAAAGAAUUGAUCGUAAGCGCGGAUGAUCUUAGAAUAUCUGACGCGGAACGUCCAAAACAUGAAGCCAAGUCAGUUCCUGGUGUUGAUUGGGAAUCAGUUGUUAGAAUGAUAGCUGAAUUGAUACGAAAAAAUAUGAAGACAGAUUUGGCAUCACUGAUUACUAAACCGUUUUUAACUACAAAACCAGUUGAACAAGCUGUUUUCAAUUGUGCUCUUAUGGAUGCCACUAAGCCAUACUACAGCUACGGCGUUACUUUAUUGUGCGGUAUCCCAGAAGUCACAUUACGUGGUUCUCAGGGUGAUUUUCAACAAAUAAUUGACUCUAUCAAUUAA